AAGUAAGACGACAACCUCAUAUAUCCAAAACACUUGUACUAUUCAUUCAAAUAUUCGUAUCUAUUUGCACUCAAAUGCUCCUUCUAUAGGGCCACAUUUCCCACUAUUUCUCCUUCUUCUGAAAAUUAGAAAGAGACUAGCACAAAAGAACUACUAAUUCAACAGCCUCCACCUCUUUCUCCUCUUUCCCUCUUCUUUCUUCAGUUUCCCUUUUGAUUUUGGCUCAACUACAAUGGCUGAAGAAAUCUGUUUCUUUACAAAGGAUUCUCUUAUCAUAAAACCUCCCAAGAAAUCUCCAGCAUUAUUGAGGAUGAUUGUUGUAGUGUUUGCAAUGGUUUGCGGUGUUUAUAUCUGUUCAACCUGUCUUAAGCAAACUAACACCGAGACAACGAGCAAAUUGUGGAACAUUGAAGUUAUAGAAAGGUUGUGUCACGAAUAUGACACUGACCGAUCCCAGAUUCCAUACUUGCAUUAUCCUAAACCGAAAACCUUUAACAGGGGUGAAUGUGGUUGUAAUCCUGUACGGCUGUUUGCUGUUCUGUCAACCCAGAGGUCUGGGAGUGGAUGGUUUGAGACACUAUUAAAUAGUCAUAUUAAUAUAAGCUCCAAUGGUGAAAUUUUCUCCGUCAAAGAGCGGAGAGAAAAUUCCUCCUCAAUCUUGAGGACAUUGGACAGUGUUUACAAUUUGGACUUGUUUACCAGUGCUUCCAAGAAUCACUGUUCAGCUGCAGUUGGCUUCAAGUGGAUGCUUAAUCAGGUAAAAUAUUUUUCGUUGAUUUACAUGUUUUAA